AUGCGCCCAGAAACUUGCCAGUUAUCUAACAUUACUUGUAUUUGCGAAAACGAAGCACAGGGCCGCAAUGAUCACUGCGUAUUGGACAGCUGCACCCUGCCAGAGGCUCUAUUUACGAACAACUUGACCAAAACUGCGUGCAAAGUUCCUGUGCGAGACAGGUCGGCCAAGUUCAAUAUUACCAUAUUAGUUCUUGGGACAAUUGCAGCAUCAACGGUUGGCAUUCGCCUUAUUUUCAAGCAGUUUUGCAGUAGCCGACAACGCCUAGGAUGCGACGACUGGACGAUUCUAACUGCGGUUCCCCUGGGUGUCACCAGUAUUGUCCUCACAAUCGCCGGCCUCACAGCCCAUGGACUCGGGCAGGACCUAUGGGGCAUAAGUCAGUCUGACUUGAAGCAAUUCGGAAUUUAUUUCUACAUCAUGCAAAUCCUUUACAUUGUGCUUAUGGCGCAGAUCAAGGUGACACUGUGUCUGUUCUACUUGAGCAUUUUCUCGGGAACAAGGAUCCGUUACUUGCUCUGGGGCACAGUGGCAUUCCAUGUGGCAUUUACGAUGGCGUUCGUUAUAGGAAUCAUCUUUCAAUGCACACCUAUUCGCUACCAAUGGGACAAGUACGACUUUACAAAUGGUCCUCUGCGCGGUGGCCAUUGCAUCAACAUCAAUGCCGCUGGGUGGGCAAACGGCGCAAUCAGUGUAGCCUCGGAUAUUUGGCUCCUGGCGAUCCCCUUGAGUCAAAUCAGACAACUGAAGCUUCACUGGAAGAAGAAGGUCGGCGUUGCUCUCAUGUUUCUAACAGGUGCAAUUAUCACCAUUGUAUCAGUACUGCGGUUGAGGUCCAUUGCUCGAUAUGCAUCAACAGCAAAUCCCACCUGGGAUCUCUGGGGUAUUGUGCUGUGGUCCGUCAUUGAAGUGUGUUCCGGGUUGAUAUGUACAUGCUUGCCUGCGCUGCGGCUCCUGUUGCUUCGCAUUGCACCGCAGGUAUUUGGAUCUGAAUCCAUGGCUCACAGGUAUGCACUCCUGAACUCCUGGGCUAGUCGGAAAGCCAUCAAAUUGGUCAAAACUAAUCCCUCGUGA